AUGUCUCGUCCAGCGGACAAUCUCCCAGCCACUGCCCGGGCAAUCGCAUUAAUACUCUCCUCUGCGCCCUCGGUGCAGGAUGUACAGCCAGGCGUCUUGCACCAGCUCCUCGAGUUCUCCCAUAGGUACACAACCCAGGUCCUGACCGACGCGAGUGUCUACGCCGAACACGCCAACCGCGCAGGCAAGAUCGAGAUGGACGAUGUAACCCUUGCCGUCCAAGCUCGUGUCGGCUGGGAGUUCGGCGGACGCGUGCCCAAAGAGUACAUAUUGUCGCUCGCCGCGGAAGUCAAUGCGCAACCCCUUCCCGCUGUCCCAGAAGUCUUCGGUCUCCGUCUUCCUCCGGCGUCGGAGUGUCUGGCCUCGGUCGACUUUGACUUGAUCCCCAACAAACCACCCCCCGGCGUCAAACUCUAUGACGAAGAGAUCGAGGAAAUUGAAGAGUCAGAAUCAGAGGAGGAAGAGGAGGAAGAUACAGAUAUGGUACCAGCUCCUAUCGAACGCCAACCGUCACAGGAUCAGCCUAUGAGAGAAGAGGCACCCUUCCCUAUCAGUGCGAUAGCCACUCCGGCCGAUGUUGAUAUGCUUGGAACACCCUCAGGUAUGCGUAUGGACCAGGACGAGGGCAGCGACGCUGCUGAAGAAGAAGAAGACGGGUUGUUCGCCGGAGGCGACGAUGAAGACGAAGAGAGUGAUGGGAUGGAGGAGGUAUCAACAUCUCUGGUAGAACCUUCUAACGGCGUGAAAAGAAAACUUGUUGAAGAAGACGACUACGACUAA